CAACGUUGAAGUGUCAAAAAUUCAAAUUUCAAAAUGAACGUUGGACGCGAGGAACCGAUUUUGCAAAGACGAAGUUUUACGUACAUUUCGCUUGUGGUGUUGAGUGUGGGAGUUUGUUUGUACAUUGUGCAACAGAACAAUGACCAGAAUCAGCACAUUCAGGACCUCCGGGAGAACCUUGGGUCACUUACGAAACACGUCCUCAACAUUUACGGACACGACGAAGUGACCCCCGAAACGGGCCAACUGGCCCAUCGUCGGGAUUUUCGCGAACAAGUCACCCACGAACUGCAGGAAGCGCUCCGGUCAAUCGAUGUGCUCCAGAACCGGGUUGACUUUCUGGAAAAGAUCAACUACGACAAGUUUGGUCGCGUCGAUUUCGCCUCGGCCGAUCUGGGUGGGAAGGUGGUCAGCGUGGAGCCCCGCAGGCCGGGUUUCUUUCUGUGGACGGUGCUGGAGCGAACGAUGCGAUUGGGCAGGUUUGGGUCUGCUAACAGGAAGUGCUGCAUCGUGCAGUAUGACUGCGCGGGAAAGUGCCACGCGUUUCCGGGGUCUUCCGGAAGUAUAACGCUAAGGUUGAUGGGAAAGGUGUUCAUUGAAGGAGUUUCGGUUGAGCACGUGCCCAAGAAUAUGUUGCCCGAUACGAGUGCGAGUAGUGCGAUUAGAGAAUUUUCUGUAAGGGGCAUUGAUGCGUUGCAUGAAGAUGGUGACACGUUCUUGUUUGGAAAUUAUUUAUUUGAUUCGGAAGUUGAUUUUAUUCAAUAUUUUAAUUUUACGUUGCGAUCGUCGAUUCCGUUCGAGUUUGUAAGAAUCAAGGUUGCUUCAAAUAAUGGUGCGGAUUACACGUGCAUUCACAGAUUCCGCGUCCACGGAAGGCUGGCCCCAGCCAAAAGUGAUUUACCCUGAAAGAUG